GGAUGCGUUGGGAUUGUCGUGUAAAAAGUUAUUUUAAAAUAGGAUUACUCUAGGUAAUAUAUCACCGCGGGGAAGAAGAAUAUAGAUCACAGGAAACCAUGAAGGAGGGUAAAGAUCGACAUGACACCGAAUGGUUAAAAUUUUAAAACUCUCCGUUGUCAAUAGGGACAGAUAUUCAUAAACAGAAUGUCAACAACGCGGCCCCUCCUUGGUAUGAAGCGAGUCACCGAGGUAACCUGUUCGGAACCGCCCGGAAACAGGCUAUCACCAGUAGCGAGCAAACAACAGCAAGAGGUCCUGACAGUGGACGAAUUUGCGGUCCUUGAAAACAAGCAAGAAGAACUGAAUUGCGCUAAACGCAAAGUAGAACAGGUUUUCCAGGUAGCUUUCACAAUUAUCGGCCUUUUGGACCACACUGGAGCCCACAGUAGUACAGCAUCAAGGCAGAUAUGGCUUAAACUCAAGGGAAAGAGAGACGACGUGUCGAAGGCAAAGGAGUACCUGAAAGGGCUCUGUGACCCAGAGCUGCAGCAGGUGGAGCGCUACCCUGUGGACAUCCACUGCAUCUUUGCCGGUGCCCGGGGUUUGUUCCUGGAUCGGCUGCUGCGGGACACCAGUGCUGAGGUUGUGGUGCUGGAGCCGGGACGAUUGCGCCUGCUGGGCUGCGUUGAGUCUGUCGUCAUGGCACAGAGCCGCGUGCAGCAGUUUGUUGCUCUCUUCCAAGAGAAGCGGAGCCUGCCCGGAGACAGGGAGCAGACCGUCAAACGCACCUUCAAGACGUUUGUGGAGGAGCGGGACGAUAAGUACGCCAUGGAGCUGCUCUUGCUACCCAGUGCCCUGAAGGAGGAGCUGCUAGGUCUUGCCCAGAGCCCCACUCAGCCUGGUGGGGUUAUAGACGUCGACCAGGAUCGCUCCCAAAGCAGCACCCCUGUCACUGACCUCUCCAACCGCAUCGUGGACACCAGCUUUGAGGAGAAGGCGGCUGGGGCUCCAGCCGGGGCCGAAGUGGGGUUGCUGAAUGGCAUCCGACCCUCCCACAAGCGGCGUUCGUCAGAGAGCGAGCUGAGGGACACCAAGAGGCAGUUCUCCCUAGAGAGGAGGGGUGAGUCGAUUGAGACAGAGUGCCACACUGUGACCAGUGACAGCCGAGCUAAGACUCCCUCCAAGGCCAACAUGGGGCUUAUGGUGCUGGACUCCACUGAUAGUGCAGAGGACCGGGAAGCUGUGACCCCAGAGACCAACCUGCGGUGCCUGGUGAACUUCUUCAGGACCAUGGGCUACCAGCAGGAGGUGGUGGAGAGGGUGGUGAGGGAGACGGGCCAGACAGAGGACACCUUCCUGCUGCUGGAGCGCAUUGUGGAGGAGAGCCAGAGAACAAAGGGGCAGCGAGGUGGGGCGUCCUCAACCCACAACCCUGAGUCUUCAUCUUCCUCCUCCGCUACUUUCUCCAGGGAUAAGGACAGAGGGCCAGAUAGAAUGCCAAACAGAGCCCUGGAUGUAAAGUCCAAGGAGAACAUUAAGCCACUCAGCAGCAAUGCUGUGGGCCAGAGGGGACAGUGUAGCAGCAUGCUGCAGACAGUGACACUAAAGAGGAGCAGCACUGGUCAGGGGGCUGCUUACAAUAUCAUCACCAUUGAGGAUGACGAGGACAGUUCCGACACUAUGACUGGCGUUAAGGCCAGGACGGCAGAGCAACUGGAUCCUCCAUCGGGGUCCAGGAUGGACUACCUUUCCCGGGGAGGGGCUCAGACCAUGGGGCCGAUGGGGCCGGUACAUGUGGAGAGUGUGACGGCACUGCGGAGCACACCACAGUGCCCGGCCCAGCCAGCAGGCACAAGGCCAGGCUGCUCCUACCAGACCCUGUCAGCCAGGGUCCCUCCACCCCGCACAGAGCCCCCUCCACCACCCCUGACUGCCACGACCCGCUUCCAUGAGUCCCUAAGAACCCCCUACACCCUGACCCUACAGAAUGAGCCUGGACACCCUGACCUCCGCCACAUCAUCAUCGACGGCAGCAACGUGGCCAUGGCGCACGGUCUCCACCGCUUCUUCUCAUGCCGGGGGAUAGCCAUUGCUGUUGAGGCCUUUUGGAGUCGGGGCCACCGGGAGAUCACCGUCUUUGUGCCUCAGUGGAGGCAGAAGAGAGACCGCUAUACCACAGAACAACAUUACCUGAAUCAACUGGAAGACCUGCGUCUGCUCUCCUUCACUCCUUCCAGAGAGGUCUGUGGAAAGAGGAUUUCCUCACAUGAUGACAGGUUUCUGCUCCAUCUGGCAGAGAAGACAGGAGGGGUUAUCGUCACCAAUGACAACCUGCGGGACUUUGUAAAUACAUCACAGGCAUGGAUGAAGAUCAUCCAAGAGAGGCUUUUGCAGUUUACCUUUGUGGAGGACCACUUUAUGAUCCCAGAUGACCCCCUGGGGAAACAUGGCCCCCACCUGGAUGUUUUCUUACGGAAGGACAACAGACGGAGCCCAGUUGCACCUCUUCUGAGGCCGGACCCCCAAGCCACCCCGCAGCAUGUCCAAGCUCUGCAGUCUGCUCCCUGCCCCUCAGCUACCCCCCAUCCCUCAGCUACCCCCUUGAUGAGGCCACCCUCCCAAUGGCCGCACUCUGGGCCCCCUGGGUGGCACCCCCCUUGCCCUACACCCUCCCCCCCUCUCCAGCGGUCGCACUCCCCUCCCCCAACACCCUCCCCCCCUCCCCAGCGGUCACCCUUGGAAACCAUAGAGCUCAAAAGGAAGAUGUACGAUAUCUUCCCCGGCCAGAAGCAGCGCAUUGACUGUAUCCUGUGUGACAACCCCUACAUGAGGGACCUGAACGCACUGUCAGGCCUUCUGCUGGGAUGAAACCAAGCUCACAUACAGUACUCAGCCACUCACACACAGAUACACUUACAAGUCUGUCUGUCGAAUGAUGGCGCCAAAAGUAGGCCUAUGUAUGGAAAACUGAGAUGUUUUUUAUUAAAGACGAUGAUCAACUGCA